UCUUAUCGAGGUUCUUAUCCUUAUAGUGCUUUGAUUUCCCUUUACGUGGUGCCAGUUCCCGAAAACAGUACAGGACUUAUUGAGUCAAGUAACACAGAAAAAGAUUGAAGCGCUGAAGCAAAAGAAGCAGUUAAGGCCGACUACAUGCUUAAGUGGGUUUUAGCUCCUAGCGUGGAAAGAGGUGAUUAUGCUUGUGUCUAAGCUAAGGCUUUUGUUUCCAAUAUCGUUUAUAGCGUCGUUAUGCUCCUUGUCAUAGAGUUCUGUUCUUGUGUUGUCGUAGAUAUCAGCCUAAUCUCUUUUUCAUGCUAAGAUUAAGACAAGGCCCGCUACUGGGUUAAGUGGAAAGCUAGUGUCUAUACUAACUCGCCCUUUGUGCCUUACGUGGGUUUCCAUUUCCAUAGAUGAAAGUUGAGACGAUACCGCUUGCUUCUCUUAAGAAACUGACUUUCCACGAGCAAUCAAUAUUGUAGGGGAGCUUUAGAGUAGGGGUCGUAUACUCAAUUGGGUGCUUGUGUUGCGAUAAGUAAAGAAGAAGCUUCAGAACAGUAUCAAGGUGAAGUUCAAGUGUUUGCUUACGGGAGGCAGGAAUCUCGUAUCUUGAUCUCGUAUAUAGAAGAGAAGCCCAGCUUGUUCAGUGCGGUUUCAAGGAACAGUAGAAAGUGUAGUUUAGAGAACAAGUAGAUCUCAUCUCGCCCAAACGAAAAGUGCCUUACGCAGGUUGAACAACCAGACUUGAGAAAAAACUUGAGACGUGCGCAAAUUCAAAAGGCUGUAGGAAGAGUUGGGCCUGCGAAAGAAACGGACUCUAUAGGGGCAGAAUCUCAUUUAAUGGAAUCUAACUCGCAUAUCAUCUAAUCUAGAGUUGUAAUUGAAUCAUUUCCCUAUUAGUUCAAACAGUUAAUUGAACUGACAACAAACAUCUAUAAGUAGUAUAGUAGUACUUGUAUAGUAGUAGCUUGGCCCCGAUCCAAAGCCUAUACCUGAUCCCCCAGUUGAGAAUCUUGUUUCUAAUCUUGCUGAUGAUUGUGAUCUAUCAGUGGCUUUAAGAAUGGAAUGUUGUGCUCUCCUAUUAUCCUAUGAUAUAAGUGCGUAACUGGACUGCUUCCUUCACAUUGCUUCUUUACUUACUCUCCCUAAAAACACUGCUUACUCAACAAACUCACUUAUUACUGCUGAUGCAAAACUAAGAUCAUAGGCGCAUCCCGAAUUCUACUUUACUUCUAAUGAUCCUGGCACACAUCUUGGUUAAGGCUAUCUCUACUAGCUGGUCGAUAGAACUUAUAGUCUGUCUUUUGAUACUGAAACCUAUAGGCUGGCUAACGCGGCUUCUGUUGACGCACCCGCUCACUCAAGUAGGGGCGUGCUUCUAUAUGUUGUUUGUGUAUAUCUCUCCUCCACUUAUGAAUUGAAUCCAUCUUGCUUGCGUGUUGUUCCCACAGCUUUCAGAAUUGAGUGCACAUGGCUAACUUGCUAACGCUAUAGGGCAAACUAGAACUAAGGCGUUUCGCAUACUACAACGGCGAACUCAGGCAAAGCUCUUGCUUGUUUCAAAUAAUGAAAGUAGCACAUGACAUGAUAGAAAUUAAUAACAUGACAAUAAGUAUACUUUUACCGAGCUUCUUUAUACCCCUUAUUUAAGACUUGAGACUUUUACCGAGCUUCUUUAUACCCCUUAUUUAAGACCUUCCACUUCUUACGAGCUUCUUUCCACCUUACGAGCUUCUUUCCACCUUACGAGAGACUUUCUACCUUACAAUACACUUUUCCACCUUACGAGCUUCUUUCUACCUUACAAUACACUUUUCCACCUUACGAGAGACUUUCUAUGUUACGAGAAACUUUCUACGUGACAAGAUACUUUCCUCUUGCAACCAUUAACAAUAAGCCGGCCCAGUGUGAAGUCAACAACUAGCAAAUGAAUAAAAUGAGGAAAUUCGAGAGAAGAAGACAACUAUGGAAUUCUAGUAAAAACACUCCUUACUGCCCUAAUUCGAAUUCUCUAAAGAGAGCAAGCAUCUCCUCUUUGUGAACUCGCUUAAGUCCGUCUGACCUGCUAAAGUCAUAAGUGAGUCUGACUCUGACCUGCUAAAGUCAUAAGUGAGUCUUACCCCCGCUCGCGAAAGUUCUGGUUCUGCCUUUACCUGCUAAAGUCAUAUGGAAUUCUCCAUCUUUCCCUAGUAGUGCUCAGCUUUCCCUAGUAGUGCUUGACUUGCUCAUAACUCGCCGCACAACCAAUUACUUAAGGUUUUUCGCUCGGCCAAGGCCUCAAACUAAACUGGGCCGCUGUAGUAAUAGAAUGAAACCACUUUCUUUAUCUUAGCAUCUCAUUCUGUAUCUUAUCUUUAUAGAUGCUGAUAAGGACACUGAGUCUGGGCCCGAGGGUGAUGUGACUACUUGCAUCAAGUUUCGUUCAGGCCGGUCAGUACCAGAUCUCUCAAUAUAGGGAGCAAAAAACAGGCUUUGCUUACCUCUUUUCUUAAAUGCAGAAAGAAGGGUCGAAGUUUAGACCGCUUACAGUAGUUCUAUCCAUAGAAAAGAUCAUGAAGGAGGCGAUCAGAAUGGUACCCUCAUCCAUUUACGAUCCCGAGUUUCCAGACACAUCACACAGUAGCUCGGGUCGAGGCUGCCACUCGGUGCUAAGACGGAUCAAAGAAGAGUUUGGAACUUCUCGCGGGUUUUUGGAAUUCGACAUCAGGAAGUGUUUUCACACCAUCGACCGACAUAGAAUCAUCUCAAUCUUAAAGGAGGAGAUCGACGAUCCCAAGUUCUUUUACUCCACUCAGAAACUCAAGUUAGCCGGACGACUCGUAGGAGGUGAGAAGGGCCCUUACUCUGUCCCACACAGUGUACAACUAUCGGCCCUACUAGGCAACAUCUACCUACACAAACUCGAUCAGGAGAUAGGUAGGAUCCGACAUAAGCACGAAAUUCCUCUAGUUCAGAGAAUAAGAUCCGUUCUCUUAAGGACAGGUAAAAGUAUGGUUGAUGACAAAGAGCAGUCUGGAGAAUCAGCAAGCUUCAAGGCUCCCCAAGACAAUAGAGCCAUCAUUGUAGGUAGGGUAAAGAGCACCCAGCGCAAAGCAACCUUUCAUUCCCUUGUUUCGUCGUGGCACACCCCAAACACAAGCACCCCGCGGCGAAGGAGAGACAAUAAAACACCUUUCGUUUUCCCCCUUGGGCGUGCCGCCUUUCUUAACAAGCCCUCGAGCCUCCUUUGCGCCGCCUUCCUCCUAGAAGCCGCUGGGUUUCCCCCGAAGUCUGGUAUGGAAGGCAUCAAUUAUGCUAUGAGAAGAAACCACCUUAUUAAGUCUUGCAAAAUCAGGGGCUUGCAGAUAGAGCUGGGCGGGGAGUCAGUACUAGUUAUCAGGUCAGAUAGAGGCCUGGCCCGUAAGCUGGCCCCCUUGAAAACCCAUGACUCAUUAAUAAGGAUUUGUUACGCGCGAUAUGCCGACGACUUACUACUUGGAAUCGUGGGUGCCAUAGAGCUUAUCAUAGAAAUUCAAAACCGUAUUACCCACUUCCUACAAUCCGGCCUUAACCUUUUGGUAGGCUCUGCAGGAUCAACAACCAUAGCAGCACGGAGUAAGGUAGAAUUCCCUGGUACGGUUAUUCGGGAAGUCCCUCCGAGUACUACUCCAAACCCAUUAUUGCGAGAGCUGGAGAAGCGUCUACGGGUGAAGCACCGUAUCCAUCUAACUGCUUUCAACCUACGCAGCGCGAUCCAUUCCAAGUUUAGGGAUCUAGGUAAUAGUCUCCCGAUCAAAGAGCUUACGAAGGGGAUGAGCUACAGAGGUCGUUUACAGGACGCGGUGAAACUAGCUCCGACUCAUGGAACAGCUGGAGUAAUAAGUCCCCAAGCUUGCAUAUUCUGGGGGACCUACAUCUGGCAAGGAUCAAGGGAGAUCUCAUUGUUGCAUAGCUCAGGUCGCAGCAACGUGCCAUCAGACGUUCAACAGUCCGUCCCCAUUAACUGCUCGGUCACUGAUGCCCGGAAGUGUUCAUUGUAUACUCCUUCGAGUCGGAAGGCAGCGGGGGAAAUAGAGGGACACUGGGCGAGAUCUUUCAGCAGCGAAUUCCCCAUACAGAUAAGGGCGCCUAUGAAAAAGAUACUCCGAAGGCUUCGGGAUCGAGGUAUAAUUAGCCAAAGAAGACCAAGGCCUAUCCACAUAGCCUCUUUUACGAACGUCAGCGACGGAGACAUAGUCAAUUGGUACGCUGGCUUCGCUAUAAGUCUUCUUUCCUACUAUAGAUGCUGCGACAACCUUUACCAAGUGCGAACGAUUGUCGACUACCAGAUCCGCUGGUCUGCUAUAUUCACCCCAGCCCACAAACACAAAUCUUCGGCACGGAAUAUAAUCCAAAAGUACUCCAAAGACUCAAAUAUAGUGAAUCCAGAAGGUGGUAAGACCCUAGCACAGUUCCCAAACAGCAUAGAGCUUGGGAAGUCUAUAUAGUCUAGCCCGGCCCGGGUAAAGAUCCUAACAACGACGUAAACUACAUGUUUCAAAAGGAGUUGUCUUGAUCUAUUAGUUAGGUGAAGUUUCGCACAGUCGUUUACAUGAGAUUAGUUGAGUAGGCUUGCAAUAGUUGUCUGCUAUAAGGAUAGCUAGGUAGGGCAUUCGAAAUGAAGGCCGACUUGGAUUGUAGUUUGAGUCUUGUAGUCGACCCUCUCCAUGCCUAUUUUCUCUUUAGAAUGUUCUUUGAUUCCGGAAUUCCUUUUUUGGUAGCUUACGCGCAAUAAGAAGGUAUCCUUCCCGGCCCGUAAGAUCGCUUCGCUUCUGAAGAUUCGCUUCUACCGCUUCAAUCAAAACCUUGACAUCAAUCAAUGGCUAAAGCUACCUUGACAUCAAUCAAUGAAUGAAUGAUUAAUAACCUAUAUGGGUUCGAGGACCCGUUGGUCAAAGAAGAAAGGUAAGGUCCAGAUUCCAGGACGGAGCCGUAUGACGCGAGAGUCUCACGUACGGUUCCUUUGAGAAGGGUGUGAAACCACAACCUAUCAG